UUGCUUAUUUGCCUAGUAGUGCUAGAUAGUAUAUUGGCUUUAGCAGCUUAAAUACUAGCUAAGCUUUUGUUACCUCUUGGAAGUUAAGCUCCUGUUUCCCUCAAGAUUGGAGAGUCUCCCUGGUGGUGCAGCAAUAAAACUGCUAGCACAUUUGCAAAGCUAAGCAGGGUCCGAUGUGGUCUCAAAUUGGAUGGGAGACCAGGUGUUAAAAAGUUAAACAUCAGAUUACUAGAUAAAGGUGGAAUAUAUUUCAUUUUACUGUUUUACUGCAAAGUAUAAUAUCUGCACAUUUAGUCUCAUAUAUUGAGAUUGACUGGUAGGAGGAGUAGCUCAGGCAAGUAAAACACAUAGUUAUUUCUGUGAUUUACAUUUAUAAGUGGGACUUAUUUAAUACUUUCGCAGGCAACCGUUUUAGCAAUCAUUCAAACUGUGUGCUAUUUGCCUGAAUUUCUCUGAGUGUCUCAACAGCUGGGCCAGUGGUGGUUAUCAGCACUCUGGUCACAGCUAGCCCGUCCCAAGGUGGUAGUGCAACCAGGGGGUGGAAUUGCUGAACAGUACGGUGUAGAUAAUUUUGAACUACAUUUCACUACAAUAGGUAAUUCUGAAAUAAAUAAAUAAAUAGAAAAAUAAAAAUAAAAAUAAAAUAAAAUAAAAUAUACAGAUCCUAAAUUUUGCUAGUCCAAGCCUUGGUGCUGUGUUGGCAAUACUGAACAAGAAUCGCGCACAGUUCAUUAUGGCUUCCGGCGGGGAUCAGCAGCCAUCUACUUCUGCCAACCAGCUAGCACCCUCAGCGGCCAAUGGUAACGCGCUAAUGGCUGCCAUGCCCUGUGACCCACAAGCCUUUGCCCAGUUUUUCAUGGCUUUUGAAACAUUCUAUAAAAAGUGUAAGCCAGGGCCUUUGGCGCUGCCAGCCCCGGAGCCAUCGCAGGACGUGAUUCCUGACACUCUGCCUUCGAAUCAGGGGCAGUUGGGUACGUCAUCUGCUAUAGCUGCAGGUCCUCAAUCCGAUACCACAGCAGGGGGCCGCCCCAAUACCAGGGCUAGGUCCGCCCUAGCUAAAAAAGCUGCUCAAGGAGCCGGAAAGGGCAAGGCGCCAGCAAAGGGCAGCGGCAAAGCUAAGGCACACGAAAAAGGGAGCAAUAGCAGCACCACCUCACGAGCGAUAGGUACACCUAGUGUCUUUCAGGACCAGCAGGCUACGCAUAGUUCCACUGAGGACAGCGCAGGUUCCUGCCUUGAGGAAGAGCGUGAGGAUCCACAAUCGCCUCAGACAACGGCCAGCGCCUCUAAUAGUGAGACGCAAGGGGGUAAGAGGAAAGCUAAAAAGAAGCACAUCUCGGCUAAGAAGAAAAGGUGCAAGCAUUCUGAGACCGAGGAAGAGUCAGGUACGUCCUCUUCAGAUUCUGAUUCCGAGGGUCCUUACGGACCCUAACUUCUGGGGCGAGGAUGUGAAUCCCUACAUUGAGAAGAAAAGUCUGGACGCGGUCAAGGCUGGUAAGACUGAGACAAAGCGUCGGCGCCAGUGUUGGGAAUUCAACAGGGGCGUUUGCUCACGCCCCUUUUGUAAGUGAGCAAUCUCCACGAAUGUGAGCGGUGCUGGGGUAAUCACCCUGCAUCCGUGUGCUUUAAAAACAAGCCACAGCCCUUUCGGGGGGUAGGGGGUACUUCCAAAACAGCAGCAGGGGUGCCCCCGGUGCUGCCGCCCAAGGAACCAGCAACCGCCAGUAACGUUAAUCUUUGCUUGGCCUUUUCCCCCAUCCGCUUGCAGCCCCUCAAAGUGUUGUUGGAUCAGUACCCAGAUAAGACAGCGGCAAAAUACCUGUGGGAGGGGUUCUCAAUGGGAUUCAGAAUCCCAGUGGCUACCCCCCCCAACACUAGGGAGGCAGGGAAUCAGAAAUCAGUCAGGGAAAGGCCCGAUAUAGUCAGAAAAAAGAUAGAUAAAGAAAUCAGAGCUGGUAGGGUAGCCGGGCCAUUUCCAGAACCACCCUUUGAGGACCUUCACGUGUCUCCGCUAGGCAUAGUACCAAAAAA